AUGGAACCCAAUUUCGUGGUUAGCCAUGCUCCAGGCUUGAUCCUGUCCAUCUUCCUCUUCUAUAUCCUAACAAUUGUAUAUCGCGAACAAAGGAACUCGUUGUCUUCCGUUCCCGGUCCCUUCCUUUGCAAAUGGACGGAUAUCGUUGUCCGAUGCCAUUCGGUCAUCGGCAACCGACCGCGAUAUGUGCAUCUUCUACAUCAAAAAUACGGCCCGGUCGUCCGAGUCGGCCCCGAUGCUGUCGAUGUCGCUGAGAUCGCCAGCGCUCGAGAGAUUCAUCGCAUCGGAGGAGGCUAUCUGAAAUCGCCGCGAUAUCGGUUAUUGAAACACGAGGACGCGGAAAGCCUGUUCAAUACUACGAAUCCAAAGUUCCAUAGUAAACAUCGCAAGCUCCUUUCUUCACCUCUCUCGGAUGCAAACUUGCUAUCGGUGGAGCCAUUGAUAGAGGCCCGUGUUCGCUUGGCUAUGCAGCGCAUGGAAGAGGAGAUGGCUGACCGUGGGGUGGCUGAUGUCGAAAAGUGGUUCUUCUUCAUGGCGACCGACAUUAUUGGGGAGUUGACCUUCGGGGAGUCAUUCCACAUGCUGGAACUAGGCAAAAAAAACCAGUACAUCAAAGAUCUCGAACUGACCGGCAUGUUGGCUGGCAUUCGGGCAUCGUUUCCUAUCGUGGCCACCCUUGCCGCAUUCCUGCCGUUACCCUUCCUCAGAGAAGUCAACGACAGCCGGGCACGCACAGUCAAGUGUGCGAUAGAGUUGAUCAAUCGGUACAAACAGUUACUGGCCGCCGAUCCCAUUAAUGUCAAGCCCACCUUGUUCACCAAGCUGUACAAUGCUGGCAAGGAAGGUUUGCCCGAUUCUGAGAUCCGCGAUGAUGCCGACGACUUCAUCGUGGCUGGCAGUGACACCACUGCCAUCACUUUAACUUACCUAACAUGGGCAGUAUGUAAGGCACCAGCAAUCCGGCAAGCACUGGUGGCUGAACUGGCCGCACUUCCGGAUCAAUUUAGCGACAAGGAUUUGCGGGACUUGCCCUAUAUGAACCAGGUCAUCGACGAAACCCUGCGCCUCUAUCCCGCAGUACCUUGUGACUUGCAUCGCAUUGUACCAUCGCAAGGGGCAACGCUGGGUGGUCAUUGGGUUCCUGGGGGUAGCAAUGUCACCACACAGUUAUGGAGUCUUCAUCGAGAUCCUGACGUAUUUGCCCAUCCCGAAAGGUUUGACCCCUCCCGAUGGGCUUCACCCACCAAAGCGAUGAAGGAUGCGUUUAUGCCCUUUGGGGCAGGAAGCCGCAACUGUAUUGGAAUGCACUUGGCUCGAAUAGAGCUGCGCUUAGCUACAGCCCACUUUUUCCGCCAAUUUCCGAUCUCGGAGGUAUCGAUCAAAGAAGGGAUGAGCGAUGAAGACAUGAAGGAGGUCUUGUACUUUCUGCUAUCACCAAAGGGGAAACGGUGUCUGAUGGAGCUCCGAUAG